AUGUCCACUAUCACUGAAACUGCUGCUACUACUUUGAAACUCAGUGGGAACCCGGUCAGGGCUCUCAAGGUUAAGCCAAACAGAUUGAUUAACACUAUCCACGAAACUGCAAAAUUUGGGGCGAAAUUCAAAUGGGGUCCUCUUGAAACUGAUACCGGUGUUUGUCGUCUUGCCUUAUCCGAUGAAGAUAAAAAAGUUAAAGAUUGGUUCGUCAAUGAAGUCAAAUCAUUAGGUUGUAAAGUGAAGAUUGAUCAAAUCGGAAACAUAUUUGCAAUCUUCCCAGGUCAAAACAACGAUGCCAAACCAACAGCUAUGGGAUCACACCUCGAUACCCAACCAACAGGAGGUCGUUAUGAUGGUAUAUAUGGUGUGUUAUCAGGGUUAGAAGUGCUGAGAACUUUAAAAGACAACAACUAUGUCCCAAAAUAUCCAAUUGUUUUGAUUAAUUGGAUGAAUGAAGAAGGUGCUAGAUUUCCAUUGAGUAUUAUGGCAAGCUCAGUUUGGUCAGGUGCUUUCAAAUUGGAGGAUAUUUAUAAGGUUGAAAGUGUUACAGAUGAAACUCCAGUUACCGUGGAACAUGAAUUGAAGAGAAUUGGAUACCUUGGAGAUACUCCAGCUAGCUAUGAAGCUAUGCCAUUAGCUGCUCACUUUGAAAUUCAUAUUGAACAGGGCCCAAUUUUGGAAGCUGAAAAUAAGAAAAUUGGGGUCGUUGAAGGUGUUCAAGCUUAUACAUGGUGGAGAAUCAAAGUUACAGGUAAAGCUCAGCAUACUGGUACUACUCCAUUGGCUUUACGUAACGAUCCUUUAUUAGCGACUUCACAAAUGAUUGUUAAGGCGAAUGAAAUUGCCAAAAAGCAUGACGGGCUAGCAAGUAUUGGUAUUUUGAACUUGGGUCCUGGUGUUGUUAAUGUUAUUCCGGAUGAGGUCUCAUUUGCUUUAGAUAUGAGAAAUGUUAAAGAUGAAGUGUUGAAUAAAAUGAUUGAAGAGUUCAAAAAGGAAUUUACAGAGAUCACUAAAGCUACUGGUUCCAAGAUCAAUGUUGAAUUUGAACAUUUACAUACUCAACCAGCAACUCAUUUCAACAAAACUUGUAUCAAAUGUGUUGAAGAUAGUGCUUUGGAAUUAUUUGGAGCUGAUCAAUACAGAAAAAUUACAAGUGGAGCUGGUCAUGAUUCUUGUUCAACUGCAACUAGAUGUCCAACAUCUAUGAUUUUCAUCCCAAGUAAAGAUGGUGUUUCUCAUAAUCCUGAAGAAUAUAGUACACCAGAACAAGUUGAUGAAGGUUUUAGAGUAUUAUUAAGCGCAGUCUUGAAAUAUGAUCAAUUGAGAACCGAAUAA